AUAUUUAGCCACACAUUUGUUUCUUGUAAGUUUUUGUAUUGUAGUUAUUAGCAAGCCUCCUGUCCUGCACAAUUUCAUUUACACAGCUAGACAGAAGAAGAAGUUCAAACUUCAGAAUUAGGCAUGGAAGCUUGCUGUCUCACAUCAAAUUCCUUUACCAAAAUCCCAGAAUUUGCUCCAUCAAUCAAAGCCAGAACUCUCUUCAACCCCAAGAGAUCUGUUAAUCAAUUUGUUCUCAAAAGGGUUGCUGCCCCUUUAUCUAUUUCAUGUUGCCACUUGAAGUCAUCUUCGCCGUCUGAUGAUGAAAAGAAAGGCUUUGUUGAUGGUGAUUGGAGAUCAUUUAGAGCAAGAUUAGUAGCUGCAGAGCAAGCAUCAAGAACCCAGGUUCAAGAGCCUUCUACAAUUGUUGAUCCUGAUACUGUUGUGGGUUCUCCACCACCACAAAUCCAUAUUGGAGACAGAUGGGCCCAUAAAAUUCAUGAGCCCGAAAAAGGUUGCCUGCUUAUUGCCACGGAAAAGCUCAAUGGAGUCCAUAUUUUUGAACGGACGGUGAUCCUACUCUUAUCGACUGAGCCCAUAGGCCCAUCUGGGAUCAUACUAAACCGACCGUCACUUAUGUCGAUCAAGGAGAUGAGAUCGACAACCCUAGACGUAGCAGGCACAUGCUCAGAUAGGCCGUUGUUCUUUGGUGGGCCUUUGGAGGAAGGGUUAUUUUUGGUGAGCCCAAAAGUGGGUGGUGGUGAUGAUGAGGUGGGGAAGAGUGGGGUCUUUGAAGAGGUAAUGAAAGGAUUGUAUUUUGGGACUAAAGCGAGUGUGGGAUGCGCAGCUGAAAUGGUGAAGAGAAAUGUACUUGGGCCUGAAGAUUUUAGGUUUUUUGAUGGCUGUUGUGGGUGGGAGAAAGAGCAAUUGAACAACGAAAUUCGGGUUGGUUAUUGGACCGUUGCCGCUUGCAGCCGAAGUGUAAUUGGGCUAGAUAGUGUAGGGAGUGUUGGGCUUUGGGAAGAGAUCCUUGGGCUUAUGGGCCCAAGAAAAGUUUGGUGAAGUUAUGUACAUUAUGAUAUUCUACCAUUGUUAAUGUCUCUGCUUUUGUGGCUCAAGUGAUUAAUGUUUGAUAUUUCACUUUUAACCCA